AUGUCUAAUACAGUUCUAGUUUCUGGCGCUUCAGGUUUUAUUGCCUUGCAUAUCCUGUCACAAUUGUUAAAACAAGAUUAUAAGGUUAUUGGAACUGUGAGAUCCCAUGAAAAAGAAGCAAAAUUGCUAAGACAAUUUCAACAUAACCCUAAUUUAACUUUAGAAAUUGUUCCGGACAUUUCUCAUCCAAAUGCUUUCGAUAAGGUUCUGCAGAAACGUGGACGUGAGAUUAGGUAUGUUCUACACACGGCCUCUCCUUUUCAUUAUGAUACUACCGAAUAUGAAAAAGACUUAUUGAUUCCCGCGUUAGAAGGUACAAAAAACAUCCUAAAUUCUAUCAAGAAAUAUGCAGCAGACACUGUAGAGCGUGUUGUUGUGACUUCUUCUUGUACUGCUAUUAUAACCCUUGCAAAGAUGGACGAUCCCAGUGUGGUUUUUACAGAAGAGAGUUGGAACGAAGCAACCUGGGAAAGCUGUCAAAUUGAUGGGAUAAAUGCUUACUUUGCAUCCAAGAAGUUUGCUGAAAAGGCUGCCUGGGAGUUCACAAAAGAGAAUGAAGAUCACAUCAAAUUCAAACUAACAACAGUCAACCCUUCUCUUCUUUUUGGUCCUCAACUUUUCGAUGAAGAUGUGCAUGGCCAUUUGAAUACUUCUUGCGAAAUGAUCAAUGGCCUAAUUCAUACCCCAGUAAAUGCCAGUGUUCCUGAUUUUCAUUCCAUUUUUAUUGAUGUAAGGGAUGUGGCCCUAGCUCAUCUGUAUGCUUUCCAGAAGGAAAAUACCGCGGGUAAAAGAUUAGUGGUAACUAACGGUAAAUUUGGAAACCAAGAUAUCCUGGAUAUUUUGAACGAAGAUUUUCCACAAUUAAGAGGUCUCAUUCCUUUGGGUAAGCCUGGCACAGGUGAUCAAGUCAUUGACCGCGGUUCAACUACAGAUAAUAGUGCAACGAGGAAAAUACUUGGCUUUGAGUUCAGAAGUUUACACGAAAGUGUCCAUGAUACUGCUGCCCAAAUUUUGAAGAAGCAGAACAGAUUAUGA